AUGACGAAGUUGGCCAUACUUCUUCUCGCGAUUCUCGUUGUGGACACAUUUGCCGCUGUGCAUCAACUGAAUCUUGGAUAUCGUCCACCGCUCAGGCAGCGACUCGCCGCUGAAGGAAAAUUGGAGCAAUAUGUCCGCGAGCAGAAAAUUGCUGGAGCAAAGUCUCAACAGCUCAAUUCGGUUUCUUCUGGAAUAAUUGAUUAUGAAGAUAUGGCUUAUAUGGUUCAAAUCAGCUUGGGAACUCCAGCUCAGAACUUUGUUCUCUUCAUCGAUUCUGGAUCUUCAAAUCUCUGGGUUCCUGAUGUCUCGUGCGCUGGAGGCAAAGACGCUACCUGUGGAAGCUACUGCAAAUCGACACCUUAUGACGCUUGCUUGACUUUCUGCCAAGAACAAUGCUGCACAAAGUCUGCUGAAUCCCCAAGAAUCUUGGCAGCCAAAGAUGCGUGCCAGUCAAAGCAUCACUUCAACUCAUCGCUCUCUUCAACCUACGUCGCCAAUGGCCAACCAUUCGACAUCACAUAUAACACUGGAGAAGUCAAGGGAUUCUUCGGACAGGACAAAUUCUGCUUCAUCAACAGCACUCUCUGCACAGACAAACAAAUCUUCGCCCAGGCGACCACCAUUGGAGAAGCCUUCGGAAAGCAGCCAGAAGAUGGAAUCCUUGGACUUGGAUGGCCAUCGCUCGCUGUCAACCAGCAAACUCCGCCAAUCUUCAACUUGUUGAACGACGGAAAGCUUGAUCAGCCCUACUUUGUGGUCUAUCUUGCUAGAAUCGGACCCACCUCGCAGCUAAAUGGAGGCGCGUUGACCGUAGGAGGGCUCGAUUCAGUCAACUGCAACGCCAAUGUCGAUUGGGUUCCAUUGUCAACCAAGACCUUCUGGCAAUUCAAACUUGGAGGGGUUUCGUCAGGAUCUUACAAGCAAGCCCCAGCUGCCGGAUGGCAAGCCGCCGCCGACACCGCAGCUUCCUUCAUCGGAGCUCCGAAGACAGUUGUGCAACAAUUGGCAAAAUCUGUUGGAGCUACCUAUGUCCCUCUCACUGGAGCUUACUUCAUUGAUUGCGACGCUGUCGUUCCAGAUAUUGUCUUUACGAUUAAUGGAAAGGAUUAUAGCAUGCCAUCGACCAGCUUCGUUGUUUCGGCUGGCCCGGGACCCUGCAUGUUCGCCUUCUACCAUUUGACCGCCGGAGGCUUCUACCCAGCCUGGAUGCUCGGACCGCCGUUCAUGCGCGCCUAUUGCCAUGUGCACGAUGUGCAAAACGGCCGCCUUGGUCUCGCCAAAGUCAAUUAA